GAGAGUCAGUCUACGCGACGCGUUCGCCGCGACAGGACAUACCGUACGCUCAUUAGCCGUACUCGCUCGUUCACUUGUCCCAGCUCGUCAUUUUUCGUCAUAUUUUGCCGCAAGUAAAGACUCCAGCUGGUACUUGCUUGGAAAAAUCGCAGGGACAGCCAUGACGACCGUCGACAUCGCCCAUCAGCGUCUCGGCCCGUCGUGCCCCUGAGAUGAAGGGCAUCUCGCCCCGACGUCCGUUCUUUGGCUGUCGCUUAUUUAGUGGUGAUCUCUCGCUGUGAUCAGCAACGCGGAAUCACGCAAACGUAUCGCGCCCGAGUGUCAAAGUGCCACCUCUCUGUCGAUCGGUUGUACAUCCACCUGUACGAAGCAGGCAAAAAGGAAGAAGAGGAUCCGAGAAACCAGUGAGAGAGUCAGGAUGCACCACACGACUCCGUGGUACCUGCCGUGGGGCCUGAAGCUGGUGCCGCUCUCGUUGCCCCCGGCUCACCCGGCCUCCGGCAUCCCGAACCCCGCGCUCCACCUGCUCGCACCCCUACCCGGGAUCUAUGCGCCCGAGCCUCGCAAGGUCGAACUGAAGCCGCUGCGCGAGACGAGCAUAGCCGUGCCAGCGCAGCCGCCAAAGUUGCCGGAGAAGAGAAAGGCCGAGGACACGGACGCCAGUAAAGACUUGAAAAAGGCCAAAUUGGAAACCAAGGCAUUGAAAGCGAAGAGGCCCGGCUUCACGGACGAGCGCUACAACGAGACGAGCUACUACGUCGAAAAUGGUCUGCGGAAGGUGUACCCGUACUACUUUACGUUCACGACGUUCACAAAGGGCCGGUGGGUCGGGGAGAAGAUCCUCGAGGUGUUUGCCCGCGAGUUCCGCGCCCACCCGGCCGAGGAGUACGAGCGCUGCAUACGCGCCGGCACCCUCACGGUCAAUUACCAGAAGGUCGACGUCGACUACCGAUUGCGCCACAACGACCUUCUCGCCAACGUCGUACACAGACACGAGGUGCCAGUCACCUCGGAGCCGAUCACGGUGAUACACAUGGACGAGGACGUCGUCGUGGUCAACAAGCCCGCCUCCAUCCCUGUUCAUCCGUGCGGUCGCUACCGCCACAACACCGUCGUCUUCAUUCUGGCCAAGGAGUACAACCUGAAGAACCUGAGGACAAUACACAGGCUGGACCGGCUGACGAGCGGCAUUCUCUUGUUCGGCAGAACGCCCAAGAAGGCUCGACAAAUGGAGCAUCAGAUUAGAAAUCGACAGGUGCAAAAGCAGUACGUGUGCCGAGUCGAGGGCGAGUUCCCGGAGGAGGAGAUCGUGUGCUCGGAGCCAAUCGAGGUGGUCUCGUACAAGAUAGGCGUGUGCAAGGUGUCGGACAAGGGCAAGGACUGCGUGACCAAGUUCAAGCGGCUGAGCUACAACGGCAAAUCCUCGGUCGUGCUGUGCAAGCCCCAGACCGGCCGGAUGCACCAGAUACGCGUCCACCUCCAGUACCUCGGCUAUCCCGUGGUCAACGAUCCGCUCUACAAUCACGUGGUCUUUGGGCCCCACAAGGGCAAGGGCGGCAACAUCGGCAAGACCGACGAGGAACUCGUCAAGGACCUCAUCGGCAUCCACAACGCCGAGAACUGGCUGGGCAUGGACGGCGACUCCGAGAUGAGCCUCUUCAAGCCCAAGCUCGACCUCGACGACCGGAUCCCCAGCGACAAGGAGGGCUCGCCCUCCUCCACGCCCAGUCUAUCCGAGGACGACCAGCAACAACAACUGCAACCAGCUCAGCAGCAGACGCAACCUCAGCCACAGUCACAGCCAGCCCAGUCGUUGAAGGUGACGGUGGGCACGCAGACGGGUUCGGAGCCGCCAGACUCGACCUUUUCAAACGACAAGGUGACGGUCGACUCCCACUGUUACGAGUGCAAGGUCAAGUACAGGGACCCCAAGCCCUCGGAUCUUGUGAUGUAUCUGCACGCGUGGCGCUACUCGGGCCCUGGCUGGGAGUACGAGACGCCCUUGCCCGCUUGGGCUGCCAGUGACUGGUCGACUCCGGUGGACCAAUAGUUUGCCCCCGCACGGCUGGCAGUCGUAUCAACCAGACAUCAGCAACGACAACCACCACUACCCUCGUGGGAUGCAACGAGUUACCUCUGCUGACGUACACGAAGGGUCAAGAACGAGACGUCUGUUGCCGUCUUGUCUUGAUCGCUACCUAUUUGACCGUACACCGGCGACGCUCGUCGUGUUCGUAUAUUGUAGUUUAAUGUGUGAGGAAGAAGGACUUCUUUCUUGACGAUUUUAUAAGAUAAAACUAGGAAAUAAGCCUGAUUGUGUCUCGAGCGCACUCGCAAUUCAAUUGUACAGAAGUGAUGAAGAUUGUUCUGUGUAAUAUGACGCGUGGAAUCAUCAACAAACUUUUACGUAUACAAAAUAUUACAAGUUAGAAGCAGAUGGUUGUAGUAGGAUUAAUUAAUUGUAAGCGUAGGUGGCUAUCUAUGUAAGAUGAUGCUGGCUGUGAUGCGCUGCUUGUACAUUAAGUAUACUGUAGAUUUCCGUAAAUUUUUCAUUUAGUCGUAAGCCAAGCAGUAGCGACACAGCGUCUUUCAGAACAUGAAUAUUAUUAUACAUGUGUAUAUACAUAUAUGUAUCGGUGCGGAACAUUUUUAAAACAAGAGACGGAGUUUAUGACGAGAAAAAUAUAUAAAAAAUGUAUUGUAAUAUCCUCCCCCGUGCCUUCCAUCGGUUCGUGAGUUGAAACCUACAAAAAAAAAUAUACAUAAAAUAAAUGCAUAAGUAUGUUAUACAUCGUGAUGCCCUAUUGCUGUACUAUAUCCAACCAAUCUCCUUUCAUCUUCCCGAUAUGUAUGAGAUAUUUGUUCAGGCGCCUGAAAAAGUCUACAUAUAGUAAUUAGUAUAAUGUGACAGCGAGACAGUGAGCAAAUGUAUACAUGUACACAAAAGUGAUGUGUAUGGGAAAAAAUAAACCCCGGUCUGUACCUAAUUUACUUGGUUGCCAAUUAUAAAUUAAAAAAUAAAUUUACAUCAUUUACUGUUGCGUACAACUUUGAAUUAGCAACACAAUCAAGUUCAUUUUUAACGGUUGCACUGUAUUAAAAACAUUGAAACUUUGUGACCAAUAUUUGAAAUAUUUAAAAAUAAUAAGUGCAAAACUUUUAUACAUUUUGAUUCAUUUUAUUGCAUAUACUUCAUUGGUUAACAUUGUUCGCCUAUAUGUGACGAUGUACUAAAUUGCUUGCAAAUCAAACAAUAUUAACUAUUUUUAGUAUGGAUGAAUAUAGUACUAUCAAAUAAUAUUUCCGAAUUUACCAUCCAUUAGUUGUGAAAGAAUCAUCAUAAAUAGGUAUGUUUUGAUUUUUAUUUUUUAUGUUACCUAUUUUGUAAAAUGUUGGAACCAAAUACGAAAUUGUACCGUAUAAAAUCAUAUCACAGUUACUUGUUGCUAAAUUUUAAACAAUUAUUUUAGUACUUUGAAGUGGUGUCGUAUGUUGGGAUCAAAUUUUUAGAGAAUAUUAGGGACGAAAUUUUCUAUAAAGAAUUUGGUGAAUAGUAUAUCUAACAAAAUUAAGAACCAUGUAAUAACAUUCUAGAUAAUACAUACUUGAAAUAAAAUUUUAAAAAGUACAUGCAUUGAAAACCCUUUUUAAGUAAAUUUUUAUAUUACAUAUAUCGAAUCAAAAAGUAUGAAAUCAUUGAACCAAUUAUUGACUUUUUAAGUUAAUGUCCAAUCUUCUUGGCAGCUCUUAAUUUUAGAAUUCAUUUGUGUAUUUUGAAGGAUAAAAUACUUAUUGAUCUGCUUUUCAAAAUAGUUCAAUCAGCUCAAAGAAUUUAAUAAGGUAAAAAAAGGUUUUGUUCGUGUAAUCAGUAGCACACUUUAAUAUAAUGUUUACAAAAAAUUAAAUAAAAAUAACAAAAUCCAAAUGUUUUGGAUAGAUACGAUUUCUCAAAUCUUUUUCUUGAAUAGUCAAAUCUUCUUAUAUUAAAACUUAGUAUUUAAAAUUAAAAUUAAACUUAUAAUGAUAUAAAAAAAAUUAUUGUAAAGCGUUUAAAUUUUCUAGCCAUAGUAUACAUGCAGCUGUAAAUUAAAGUAUAUUGUAUCAUUACCUUGAAUAUAUUGUUUACAUGCAUAAAUUUUAGGUAUCUUGCAGGCAAUGAAAAUUUGAAUGCAAAUUGAUGUUGAUAAAUUGUGCUCUUAAGUAUAUGUUAAUGUUAUAAAAAAAAAAUAAUGUUAAUAUAGUUGAUAUUUUCUGAGAAACGCAAAAUCAAAGUCAUAACUAAAGGGUGUAAAUGAAUAUAUUGUUGAUUCAAAAAAUAAAAAUGUUUUUGUUAUGUCAAAAAUGUUUCGUUAUAAAUAAAAAAAUCAAAACUGUACA